AUGACCGAUAACAAAAAUAAAAUAAGUGGAUCUGGAUCUGGUUCCAGAACUCCUACACUUCAACAACAACAACAACAGCAGCAGCAACAACAACAACAGCAGCAACAACAACAACAAAAGCUGCAGCUGCAGACAUUUAACAAGAGGACUAAUGUGAAACGAGCACAAAGUAGCCGCAACAAGUCAAGAAGGUAUGACCACAGGAAUGACCGUGAAUUAAUGCCGUUGGAGUCACAGUUAACCCAGGGCCGCAAAGUGAAUGGAAACAGUCGCAAGAACCAAAUAUCCAUCAAUCACUUGUUAGAUUUCCAGUCGUAUCGCGACACUGAAGAAUACGCGAUAAAUCACCAACGGGACCGGACAAGACGGAGAUCGAGUAGUCACAAGAAAAACCAACCUGCCAAGGUACAUCUUUCCGGUAUGAAAUACAUCAAUGUCAAUUUCAAAUUUGUGGUCGAUUCAAGAGGGGAUUACAAGGUCCAACAGUUGGACCCCAAUGUGCCCAUUGAUGUCAACAAUAUCAUGUCUAUUAUCGCACCAAAAGCUAGUUGUCCCAUCUGCUUAACUAAUGAUAUUAUUGCCCCACGUAUGAUUGUGUCGUGCGGCCACAUUCUUUGUCUUAAAUGUGUCUUGUCGUUAUUGGAGCAAGAAGUCCCCAAAGCAAAGAAACGUGAAUCGGCAGCGAUUGUGGAAAAGUACCGUGAGUGUCCCUUGUGCUUUUCGAUUAUACGUAAACAUGAGUUGAAACCAGUCAUUAUUCAGCACAUUGAUGAAAAAUUUGAAGUGCCUAAAGUUCGCGAUGAUGUUGUUUUGACGUUGAUGAUGAGGGAUCUGCACAAGAUUCUAUCAUUGCCAAAAUCCAUUGCUGUGUCCAAUCAUGUUGCUGAUUUCCCCGACAUAAACCAAGCGGACUUGACGUCGUACCUGAGGAUAUUCAAAGGUGACUACAGCUAUAUGACUUCAAUGUAUGAGGUGGAAAAAGUACAAGUUGUUGCGAACCAUGAAGAAGAAAAGGAGUUGUAUGGCGAUGAUCUGGCGUUGGUACAACAGACUUUGUCCCACAUAGAUCAAGAAAUCGCAGAUUGGAGCUCGAGAUUUGCUACGUCGUUAGAUAGAGAACAUAAACAUGCUAACGCGCAAGACGGUGCAUCUUCUUUGCUUCCAUUACAUCAGACAUUUUACUAUUAUGAAACUGGAUUCAAUGCCGGAUGUACAUAUGUGCUUUCCCCACUAGAUAUGAAGGUUUUGAAAGCCACGUAUUCCAAUUAUGAGAGCUUACCCACCAGUAUUAUUGCCAAGAUUGAAAACAUUCGCUACGAGGAGCUAUCACAGGAAACGUCAAUGACCAAAUAUAAAUAUCUUAGCCAUUUACCAAUUGGUACACAGAUUGGGUUUCUUGAAUGUGAUUGGAACCACAAUGAGUAUGUGUCGCAAGAUGUUUGGGAAAUGUACAAGAAUGACUUGGUUAAACGAUCAAAAAAUUCAAACAAGCGGUUUAUGAGAGAAGAGAGGAAUAGGAAGCGAGCAGAACUGGAAGAGGAACUUAAAUUGAAGCAGUUUUAUAUGGAAGAGAAUGGAUUGGGCAGUGAAGAUUUCCCAAAUCACUCAGGAUCAUUUUCAAGUUAUGAAGUUGGGGUAAGAAACCGAUUCGCGACAUUGUCGGUCAAUGGUAAUGCCAUGCCUCCUUCGUUUUCAGAUAAUCCGUUAUCAACCGAGAGUGAGAAUGAGAUCAACAAUGACGAUGACAGUGGGGUGGCUGACGAAGAACAUGAUGGUGAUAAAGAUGAAUACAUUACGACCGUUUGGGGUACACGGAUCAAAAAAUCACACGACGUCAGUGAUUUACAUGAACUUGCCGUUGAAGACGAAUGGGAUGAUUGGGAUGCCGAUGAGUUGAUUAGGAAGGCACGCGAAGAGAAUAAUGAGAAUUACGGUGAGAGUGAUGGCACAGGAGGAGGAAGCAAUGAUGGUGCUAGUCAUGGGAAAAAGAAGAAGAAGAAGAAAAAGAAGUUGGUGUUAAUGUCAUCGUAA